UUCCUCAGUCAGUGACAUGCUGUAUAGCUCCCGAAACACACUCCACCAAACCCUCACUUACUUAUUCUUUCCCCUUUUGCUUUUGACAGUGGAGGAUGACAACAAUUUUAGCUGCUAUCAUGAAAUGCAGACCACCAGUUUUAAGGUGAGAAAGACGCACUAGAAAGGGCUUUAAGAGACAGACUCAGGAGUUCAUUGAAAUCAAACCAAGAGGAAUGAAUUGAGAGAGGAAAGCUGGCAGUAAACCAGAGACAUUUCUCCUGCGGAACUGGAUGCUCUUUGGAGGGAGCCAACAUAUACGAUUGGAGGAACCAAUGAACACUUUUCAGGAAAUGAGAAAAUGACUCAAGGUGAGGAGGAGGAGGGCCCGCUCGGAGAAUCUGGUGAAGGAGUGGUGGAGCAUGACAGCUGUUGGAGGAAGAAAGAGGCCUUCCUCAGAGGGAGUUCUGUCUCUCUUGGCGAGAAAUUCUCCUCAGAAAUUGUGCUGUUGUUCACUGGGCGGAGGCGCUCCACCGAACAACCCGACCGGGCGUUACAGGAGACACUGCGCACACGCCUCAGAGUGGUGGAGAGCAACAGCAAAGAUGUCACACAGCUCUUUAAAGACUUGUCUGCACGUCUGGUCUCUGUCCACGCCGAGAGGGAUAGCUUUGUGCUCACAUUCAAGACUGUGGAGGAGAUCUGGAAGUUUUCAACGUACCUUUCAUUAGGCUAUGUGGCUCGUUGCUUGGAGAACUUCCUGUGCGAUCAAUCAAUUUGGUUGGACCCAAAGCUACUAAGUGACUUGGAGAUCAAUGUCAAGGUGGAUGAGGAACAUCUGGCCACAAUCUACCUGGGACUUCUUCUCCAAGAGGGCUCCUUCUUUGCUAAGGCGCUGUUCAGUAGAAAUGACCGGGAGGAGGCAGAAGAUGAAAUGUCCUUCAAAAAGAACGACCUGCUGAUGGUGAGGAAUACGGGGCAGGAAAACAUGUGGGAGGCCACCAUGCUCUCCACGGGCAACCACGGCCUGGUGCCGGUCGACGGCAUGCAGCCGCUGCCCUACCCCUUUUAUCAGUGGUUCCUGAGGAAGUAUCCGAGCCAUGCUGGAUGCUCGCCAGUAGAAAAGGAACUUUUUGAACAUCCUAUCGUGACAGGCACGUGUGUGGCAGUUGUUGACUACAGUCCAUCAAACCCAGAUGAGCUCCAGUUGAGUCAAGGGGAUAUUGUCGAGAUUCAUGGUCUGCUGCUGCGAGGCCUGGGGGUUUUUAUUGGAAAACACACGUCCACUGGUCGCACUGGCUUUGUGCACAAGGCUCACGUCAAGUCUGAGAUCACAAUGCCCCUAGACGGACAAUUGGUCUUUCUCACCGAGGAGGAGAAGGCCAGCCUGGCUCAGGUUAACCCAUGUAGCUCUGAGCCAAGUGACAGUAGCUUACUGGAAAGACUCUUCUCGUCUGACAUCAGCUCUGUGUACAGACUAGACAGGCUGGAUGAAACUGAUUUCAUGUAUAUCCGCAAUCGGCCAAAACACGAUCAUAAAGUUCUUUCAAGCGCCCGUCAGAGCGUCAUGUCAGAGAAAAGUGGAGGGACGCCACCUUACCAGUCCUCCCCCCGUGCCUCUCUCUCUUACUCCUCCCCUCGUGUGUCCUUCUACCAGUCCUACAAUCCUCUGCCACGGGAGGAGCGCUUAUCCUUUGCUCUGGAGGACACAUUCAGGGAAAUGGACGAGUACCAGGAGGAUCCACCACUCUUCUUGGAAGAGAACAGUUGGGACGGGGAGGAGUCUGAGUUUAGUGACCCGACACUGACUCUGCUCAACCACGAGCACUUCCAGGAGGAAUUUCUUCCUCUGUACGACCUGCAAUACUCAUUCUUAUGGGUGACUUUUGCCGGUAAGACUGAGGAGGAGCUGUUGGGACACCUUGAGAGUAUCAGAGAGAGUGCUAAGAGGAUGGGUCUGCAGUGGGCGCACCGGCGCGCCUGCUUUCUGCUGGGCAGGCUGUGCGCCAGGAAGCUGAAGCUGUCUCAGGCACGAGUAUACUAUGAAGAGGCUUUGAGCGUUGGCGUUGACAGUUUCUCAGACACUCCGCUCCUCGUGGCUCUCCUCACAAACCUCACCGCCGUCUACCUGAAGCAGCGCAUGGCCGACAAACUCCCCCAGACUCUGGAGAAGGCCAGUGCCCUGCUGCUCUGUCUUCCCUGUCACACUUUCACCUCCACGGACGAACUGGAGCUGCUGAUACUGCUUCUGAGGAGAUCGGUGGUGAUGGGGGACAAACAUUUGGAGGCUCGUGUCAGCUACCACAUCUCCAGCCUUUUCCUUCUUCUCCGGAAGACUGACGAUGCUCUGCCCUUUGUCGAGAGGCUCCAGUUCCUCUCGAUGACCCUCUCUGCAGUCGAUGGGGGGCCUAUUGCACCUCUGGACCUCAACUGGCUCCUGAGCUGGCUCUAUCACCGUAAAUACAUGCCUCACUUAGCACUGGCCUCUCUGAGCCUGGAUUCUCGUCAAGACCACUCGCUCCCCGAUGCCUUUCAGAGGAUCGAGCUGUUUAUCAAAAACUCUGUUCGCCUGAACCCUUGUUGGAAGGAGGGAACUUCCCUGCUGCAUGCUCAGAUUGUGGUUUACUUGCUGCAGGCCUUGGCUACGGCUGAGAAGGGGGAUGACAUAAAGACUCAGAGAGACCUGUGUUUGGGCUUGGCCUCAGUUUACCAGCAAUAUGGCGCGCUUGAUAAGGCAGUGCGCUGUGCUCAACAGGCCGUGGUGUCUGGGGGACAGAUGAAUGAGGAGGACGGGUUUGAGGCUUCAGUUCUUCUUGGGUGGCUGCUGGUGCUGACAGGCGAGGCUCAGAAGGCCCAGACUAUCCUCCAACCACUGCUGACAUCACUGCAGAGCACAGACAGUCCAACACAGAGAGGAGUGAUCCAUAACCUCUUGGCUUUGUGUCUGAGACGUCAGGGCCGUGUCCGAGAAGCAGGCUGGCAUUUCCAUUCCGCUCUGGUAAUAUCCAGAGAGAGCGGAAACCAGAGGAAUCUGGCUCUGGCGCUGGCUAACCUGGGCUGCCUGGCACUGGAUGCAGGAGCCCCUUCAGUUGCUGAGCGCUUCCUGGUCAGAUCACUGUGCCUUUUUCUGGAGCUCUGGGAGAGCCCGACAGAUGAAGAGCACGUUCAAACCUACCUUUGGCUCGGGCGGAGCUACAAGGACAGGGGCAAGAAUCAGGAUAGCAGGGCAUGUUAUGAAAUGGGGCUUCUGAUCGCACUACAUGCCAGAAACCUGCACAGUCAGAUGGUGGUGGCCAAAGUGCUGAGCAGGCUAUAUUCUGACAUGCUGCUCUAUGGUCAAAGCAUUGUCUACUAUGAGCACUGUGUGUCAGUGUCUAGAGAGCUGAAAGACAAGAGGCUGGAGGGAGAGUAUCUGGAAAUCCUCAGCAGCCUCUACCUCUCGCUCAACACAGAGAGAUCCUCUCGUAAGUCUCUAGACUACACCAAGCAAAGCCUAAGGAUUUCUAUUGAUCUGGGCAAGCGAGAGGAAGAGUCCGAGACCUGGCUACAGGUGGGACGCAUUUAUUACCUCAUCCAGGAGGACGAACUGGCUGAUAUGUAUUUGCAGGCAGCAGUGAAGACGGCCCUGAGGAUGAAUGACUCUCACUUUGCUAUGAGUAUCUAUGAGGAGGCAGGAGAUGUCUACUUCAAGGGCCACAGGAACCGGAUGGCUUCAAUGCCUUUUUAUAGGGACGGCAGUUUACCAUUUGCACGGAGCAUCAGAGACAUCCAUUCCGAGUUCCGUUUGUUAAGCAAACUGACAGAGCUGUUGAUGAACCAAGGAGAACAGGAGGAGGCUCUGCAGUAUGCGACGCUGGCCGUGCAGGUUGCAAAAAAAACAGGUGUGUGUGCAAAUGAGAGGACAGCUUACCACCGAUUGGCCACGGUCUACUACAGCUUGGAGCAGUACGAGAUGGCAGAGAACUACUACCUGAAGUCCCUGUUUCUGUGCCCGCCUGUAUUGAAAGACCCUGCGGAGGCACGCUACUACACUAAAGUUUACUGCAGAUUAGGAAAUCUGACUCUGCACAAACUAAAGGAUGCUUUCGAUGCAGUGGGCUAUUUCCAGCUGGCUGUGGCAGCUGCUCUCGAAGACCAAACCAACCCUGAGGCCCUGUAUGUGGUGUACAUGAAACUGGCUGAGAUCCAUGGCAACCACAUGCCUGAUUCUCAUUUAUGCCAGGUUUACAGAGACAGAGCCCACAGUUUGAAAAGGGUUCUGGGUGGUGGGGAAAGCUCUGCUGUGGGAGUGGAAAGUAUAGGUGAUAUAAACACAGAGCCCAGACAAAAAAGGGAAGAGAGCACUGGUACCAGUGCAGAACCUAAGGAAGGUUCCGCUGACAGAAUCUGUAUGUUUGAUUCUUUAUCGGAGGAUGAGACAUUUAGAGAUCACACAUGUCCACGAACUCAUGAACUCAACUCAAACUCAGAGGACAGAUGUUCGGAAAUGAAUCUUAAGGAUACUGAUGGGCAACAACAUCAGGUUUUCCUACCUGGUACAUACAGUCCUCAUAUGGAUGUGUUUGCCUCUGAGACUGACACUAUCGCAAGUCAGUCAUACAGUGACAGCAUUUUGUCCGAAUCCUUUGACACGGCCAAGGAGCACAUCUCGGACUCCAGCAGCUCGACUGGCACAUACCAAAAUCCAGCAGCCGGAGAAGACUCAGAGUUUGAUUCUGACCUCAGCAUGCCCAGUCAAAUACCAGUUAAUCACCGAAGUGACUGCAAGGGACACAGAGACACCAGAGACACAGAUUCUGACGUUCAAGACGAGCAAAAGACCCCCACUAAAGAGAUGGAUGUUCUUCAGGAGGAUAUUCAAAAGGAGCCUACUGGUAACCAGAAAGAGACAGUGAGCACAGACAGGGAUAAAACUUAUAGUGAGGAUAAAACCUCCAACCACACAAACAAAAUAGAGCUUGAGAGUUGUGGUUCACACAGUGAGCAUGUGGAUGUCACCACGUAGUCUCCCAGUGGCACUUUAUGUUUUUCACUGACAUUUCCUUUCAUCUGGUCACGCGUCUGUUGGUCUGCUAAUGGAUUACAACGCUCCAGCCACACCGCACUUUUUAUACAAUGUAAGAUGUCAAUACUGUAAAUUUGUGAAUUUAUACUUGUAAUAAAUGUUUUUUGUUUUUUUUUUACUUUUUUAUUUCUGUUGUGGAUGAUACAGACAUAAAAGAAUAUAUAUUUUGGUUGCUUUUUGUUCAUUUCCUUAUUCACAUAUAGGAGACAGAUUAACAGAGAGGAAAAUAUCAAAGACUGGAAAAAAUAUGUGAUCGUAUAGCAUAAAAGAUGUCAGAUAAAAUACAUAUGAUCUCAACAAGAAUUUGUGUAUGUUAUUGUUCUCUGCUGUUACUUGAAGUAUACAUAGUUAUUUAUUGAAAAGUGAAAAGACCAAAACUAUCAAUGUUAUAGUUCAUCCUUUAAUUUUUUUAUGACAUUGUGCAGUCAUCUCAAAUUUUUCAAGUCUUUUUUUGUUUUAGUUGUUUUUAUGUCUAAUCUAUGAAGUUUGUUCAGCAGUGAGUAUUGCUGUGGGGCAGUACAUGUGUGAUUAACCAAUUAUAGUGGCUGUGUUUAAAGUGAGUAAAGAGCAUGUUUUGGAGUAACCAUUAUGGUCGUUUUAGGCGUAUUACGCGUCUUGACCGGUGUAAUGUGUUAACCUCCUCACAGGAGGAAACUCCUGUCAUAAAAAUGACUUGUAGUUGAGAUGACCAAUUAUUUUACUGAUACAUGGAUCAUGUCAAAGGAAUCUCCUAAGGGUGAAACUUAAAAAAAUAAAGGAUAUCUCAACCUAGAAUUUUCUUUUGGGUUAGCUCAAUUCUGGAUGGUGGACUUCUUUAAUAAAGAUGGUUUAUUGUAUACCUGUUUAACGUCCUCAUGGUGCUGACAUCUCUGAUCGCUCCUCCUGAAAUUGCAAUCAUUGUUACAGAUCACUUUAAAAUCCAAGUGAUGAAGGAGAACAGAGUAAAGGAUAUCUGCUGGAGCUUUUAG